AAUUUUUACUAUUAACACGUGUUUGAUGUUUAUUCUAUGGUUAACCUAACAUUAUUAUAGUUAAGCUAAAUUUGGGUUUUCUUUUAUAUAAUUUAACAAAUUUUAGUGGCAAAACGUGGUAUUUUGUAUUUAUCGUUUGAAAGCAAUGCCAAAAUUAUAACCAUAACUAUGAAUCUACAAGGUAAGACAUGCAGUAUCUCCAAAGACAAAAGGAGGGUAGAAUCUAGCUAUAGUGGAAAACGAAAAUUACAAACUAACAAGGACAACAUGAAGGUUGUUAACAGUGCACAACAACAUUUAAUAUUGGAGACUGUAACAUGCGAAAAGAUGGAAUCUCUUCAAUUUGAUAUCUGCGAUACAUCAUCUAAUGAUUCUAUUAGCUUUGUGCCGGAGACUGAUAAACAUACCACCUUUGUUGUUGACGAGUUACAUUUUAAGAGCAAUGAGGAUCAAGACAAUAAUAACAGUUACGACUCAGAUAAAUAUGAUAGCAGUGAUAACUCGGAGGGUAGCUGUGUCGAAGAAGUUUGCCAGCCUGAAGGCCGUUUAGGGAGACAAAAAGUAGCAGUUGAAUUUCUUCACAUUAGUGAUUCUCUUAUUAUAAUACUUCCAAAAAAUUCUACAUUGUAUUUUUAUGGGUUAAUGAGUGCUCAAGUGCUGCAUGGAGCUGUAGACGUUUUAGGAUACACAUUAACUCAAUCGUCAGAAGCACAAGAGUUAUAUUCUCCACGUGGCAGUGCAUUUCUGUACUUGACCAAUACCAAUUACAACGAACAAGUAAAUAAGUCCUUUAUUCAAGAAACAUUAUUAAAAGAAAAUUUCGUUUCUCAAGAAGUUAAUACGCUUGUUGACAAAAUUGAAAGUACCAGUGCGGUGAUACUAUGCAAGAAAAUGAGUAGUCCCAAAAUAAACUUUUUAGUCAGGCACAUUGCGCAACAAAUUUUUCCAAACAUUGAUAACGUUCAGUGCAGUUUUAAUGUGGAGCACGAAAACUCCAAUCUGUUGAAGUUUAAUCCUGAAUUAGAUUCAAUCAUUUCACGCAUGCACAAAAAGUCAAAGACAUUGCUUAGUGGCGGCAAAGGUGUGGGUAAAAGUUCAGCACUCCGCUAUAUGGUUAAUAAGUUAUUAUUGAGUUACAAGGAAGUGUUAGUGAUAGAUUUGGAUCCAGGACAGCCAGAAUUUACAAUAUCCGGAUGUCUCUCGGCUACUAUAGUGACCGAGCCUGUAUUUGGACCUAAUUACACUCACCUCAGGGAACCAUAUAGAUCAGUGUUUGUACCUAAAAUAGAUAUAUCUGCUCAACCGAGGGAUUAUAUAAAGAACGUCAAAUUACUAAUGUCUCUAUGUGAACAUAUCCCUUCUAUGCCUACAAUUGUGAAUUACAUGGGCUACACUCGUGGAUUUGGGUUAAACAUAUUUUCAUCGGUUGUUUGUUGUGUGAAACCAUCAUCUGUUAUUGAAAUUAGGAGUUCAAAUCCUAAUAGAAAUUUUGCCCAGUGUUUAAGCCUCGAUUUGAUUCAUAAAUCCGCGCAGAUCCUUACACGCCACUCGGAAGAACUGUCAAAUUUAGAGAUUAUAACUAUUCCAUCUAUGACUGAUGAAAGUAACGGUUGGGUGCUUGAACCUAGAAAAGUUAGAGAAAUGUGUGUUUUGUCUUAUUUUGGCGCCUGUCUUCCUCACUCUCAAAAAUACAUUACUGAUGCAACCAAUCACCUGUAUAAAGUGUACUUCUCUGAAGUGAAUCUAAUAUGUGACGACAACAUUGUAGCUCCAGCAGUUGUGAAUGCCAAUUUAGUGGCCAUGUGCAAGCCGUCAUCGAUACAUGGAAGUUAUUUAUGUUACGGAUAUGGUAUAGUGCGUGCAGUAGACUAUGAGACAAGAGAACUCUACAUAAUAACACCAAUUACUAGAGACUACUUGGAACUAGUCAACAGUCUCAUUCUAGGUUCAGUAGCUUUACCACCUUCAAUGUACAUGGCAAGUGACCGUGUCGAAGGAAUUGUGCCUUAUGUUUCAAAAGGAAUUUUACCAGUGUUUGGGAAACUGUCCAAAAGGUCUCACUUGCCAAAAGAACAUUUUUAAAUGUUAUUUGUUUCUAUUUGUAUAUUAUGUUUCAUUUGUAUCAUUAAACUAAAUAAGAAGUA